AUGGCUGUAUCGGCAUUUCCUUCAGCAGGGGAGUCCCCCGAUCUCACUCUCCUAAAUGCCGCCCGUCUUUUCACACGCCUGGAGUAUAACCUCCUCUCUCCAGGUGCGGAGCUCCGCACCCUACGCCGGUCCGAGUACCAGCGCAUGCGAGUAACCAAGAACGUCGAAUACGCGCGGACCCUCCUCACCCAACUCGAACGCUCACUCCCACAAUUAAAACAACUCGACCGCCGACAUGAGGCGCAGGCGGAAAUUGCUCGUGAUAGGCAGCUUCUUAAGAGAAUGCAAACUGUUCUCGAUGAGGAAGAGGCCGAUGCCCGCGCCGAUGAGAAUGGCGAGGACGCGGAGGAUGAGGGGGAUGAUGAGUGGAACGAGUUAUUCUCGAAACCGAUGGUGGAGAAGAAGGUUGUUUCUUCGACCCCGGAGGUCGAUGGCUCGAAAUCAACGGCUCUCUUCACCGAAACUGCUACAGCUGCAGCCACAGCUACAGCUACCUCCGUCCCGACGUCUGCUUCUACACCUACUCCCACACCUACAACAUCAGAACCACUCUCCACCCUCCGAAACAGACACGCACCAACCACAGCACCCAAAGAAGCCCCCGCAAAAACAACAGGAAGCACUACAACCCCAGAAGACCCUAAAAUUGCCGCAGAAAAGGCCCUCGACGACGACCGCUCCGAACAAGAAGAUCUUACCAGUUCACUAGUCGCAAUGGCCAGCCAAUUGAAGUCCCAAUCACAGUCGUUCCAGGAGACGCUAGACAACGAGAAGGAUGCCCUGGAUCGAGCUUCGUUGGGCAUGGAUAAGACCUCGUCGACGAUGGAGGCGGCGGGGAGGAGGAUGAGCAUGUUGACGCGGAUGUCGGAAGGGAAGGGGUGGUGGGGGAGGAUGAUGCUUUAUGCGUGGAUCUUUGGCUUGUGGAUUGUUGCCAUCUUGAUUGUUUAUGUUGGGCCUAAAUUGAGGUUCUAA